AUAAACGUCGGAAAAAUCUCUGUAAAGUAACAAGUCUUCCAAAGGAAAAAUAAAUUUCACCCACAGAAGACAGAAGCACAAUUUCGUCAGUGGUGUCAUCAUGCAGGUGUGUCGGUGUGCUGCUAUUUUCUCCGUGCUGUGGUGUGCGGGAGCCUCCUCUGACUUUGGGUGUCCAGAAAAGAACUCACCAGCCCUUAAAUUUUCAGUCACGAGUCGACGAAACAAGACAGGACACUGGAUAGCACAGGUACAGAUGGAACAUGGUGCUGAUCAGAAAGGAGACGAAGCUGGUCCUUGGCAAGUGGAUAUCGACCAAUCCCACGCAAAAUGCAAAAACAGCGACUCCGUGUUCAUAGUGGCUACCGUCACAGUUCCUCCAAAGGACGAAGACGCAGGACCGUCAACAUGCCACGGGAAGGCACCUGCAGAUUACGAACUUGUACCUGGACUGGGAUAUUACAAAUUUCACACAGACAUCAGGACCUGGGAAAAAGCUCGGGUUGUCUGUGAAAAGGAGGGAGCUUACCUCGCCGUCAUCAACUCGUUGACCGAAGCUAAGUCACUGUCAGUAAUUUGGAUACGAAACUUAUUUAAAGACUGGAGGAAAGAUGCCGCAUACAUUGGGACUUGGGACCCACAUGAGACAGGGGACUUCGUCACUAUUUUCAACGAGACGCUUGAAACCGCAGGUUACAAUAAGUGGUUUCCUGACGAACCCGAUUUCAUGGGCCAUUGCGGCAUUCUGGGAUCAAACUCACUUCUCGGAAACACCCACUGCAAUGAGAAGUUGCUUUUCAUCUGCGAGUUGACAGAAUGAAGAAGUGCGUUUGUUAAAUUUAUAUAUUCAUCAUAAUUUAUACAGCACAGCUUACUACAUUCAUAACGACUAUGCACUUUAAUAUAAUUUAAAUUAACUUUGAAAGUGUAUAACAGAUUAAAUUCAGUAAUGAACACGAAUUUUCAAAUAUAAUUAUAAAAUAUAUUUCCCUUAGGUUACAAAAUAUUAUAGGCUACGCAAAACGAAUAUGGGCCUAUGAUUUGGAAGUGAAACUAGGGCAUGAUCCACAGUAAACUCUAUGUAUUCCUAUACGAAUUAUAUCUUUCCAGUCUUGUUCUAAAAUUAAAAAUAUGUAGGUUACGAUAGCGAAAAUUUAAAAAUCACAGAAUGUAAUUGAUACGUUAGAAUUACUGCAGGCUUCGGGCCGUACUUUGGACAGCCUUGGGCUAAGAGGCGGUAAUGUAAGUUAUGCGCACGCUUUUAAUAAGUAAAGGUCUUAUAAAUGAUCUUAAAGUUAA